AUGGCGACCUCAGAUCCACCAGCAGCACAAGGCGACCAUGCAGCAAAGAGGGUCCUUGGGACUCAGGAGCUGCUCGAGCAGAUCCUCAAGAAUCUGGGCCCUCGCGACCUCACUCGCGCAAUGCGCAUUUGCAAGCAUUUCGACCUCACCAUCAACACCGCCCCAGGCUUCCCUCGCCUGCUUCUCCGACAGCAUCUCCCAGCUGAGGUCCGUCCUUGGACCGAGUGGGCACCUCCUCCUCGCCUCCCGCUGGGAUUGAAUCUCCACCUGAAUGGAAAAGAACCAUACGGGCUCCUCGGCCCAAGAAAUUGCGAAUGGUACAUCACCAGUGCCUUCCCUCUUCGCCUCAUCACUCAAAAUCCUUUCUCCGGCAUCACCAACUGGGACUGGGACCUACGUCUCAACAAGCGCCAAUGGAAUGCAUCACGGCCGCUUAUUGGGGAGAACCACGUCUUCAAGAUCUUCUCGAUCUAUGGAGAGGCGACGUGGGAUCCGAAAUAUGACGAGAUCAUCCUCAAUCUUGAGAUGAAGAAGAUUGAUUCCUGGAAUGCUAGAGGAUGGCGUCAGGACGGCGGCAGCAGUUUGGAAAAGACCUUGCUGAGCAAAUUCAAGAUGGAGGGGACUUGGUCAAUCACCGUCAAGGAUCGGAAAUGGCGCUUUGAGAUUAUCAAGCAGACAAUCUUUCUGGAUGAACUGCAAGUGACGACACGAAGGAAAUCCGAUCGCGGGCACGUGUGCAUUAUCAGGGACACGUUGCCAAUCAACGGGACUGUGGGGGAGAUCUUGAUGUGGUUGGAGGAGCUUAUGGAGGUGGAAAUCGAGAAUAUCGAGUCGCAGCCGUUGGUGGAGAAGUGGAAAGACCGGACUGGUCGCUAUACGUUUCAGUAUGUCAAAGAUGCUCUUCUUCGGCGCUUUCGGAGGUAG